AUGGGCGUUCCAGAUAAUUUGAACAUACAAGUCGCCGCCAACGAUGUUGGUGCCGGGGAUGCGACAGCCAUCGGCCAAUCUUCAGGGUCUGAUGGCGGCAUCACGCCUGUAGAGAGCGAGCCAAAAGACUACAUCGACCCCAAGGAGGAACGGGCUUUUGUUUGGCGCCUUGACCUGUUCUUCCUCACCAUAGGAUUCCUGGGCUACAUGUUCAAGUACAUCGACCAAACAAACAUUAGCAAUGCAUACGUGUCUGGCAUGAAGGAGGAUCUCAGCCUGUUUGGCAAUGAGUUGAAUUACUUUACCACAUUUUUCAAUAUCGGAUACAUGAUCAUGCUUUACCCUUCAUGCAUCAUCAUCUCCCACUUUGGCCCAUCAAAGUGGCUUCCAGCUUGCGAGCUUAUUUGGGGCGUUCUAACAUGCUGCUUGUCGGUGGUCACGAGUUCCAAACAGGUUUGUGGCCUCCGCUUCCUCAUCGGCCUAUUUGAAGGGACCGCCUGGCCAGGAUACUUCACACUCAUCAGCCAGUGGUACAUGCCCCACGAAGUAGCUCUGCGCAUGAGUCUCUACAACAUUGCCCAGCCCGCGGGCGCCAUGCUGUCCGGUGCGAUGCAGGGCGCGCUGUCUACCAACUUUGAGGGCGUUGCUGGGAGGUCAGGCUGGCGGUGGGCUUUCAUCAUCAACGGUGCUUGUACCAUCGUCGUAGCGCUCGCAGCCUUCUUCAUCCUCCCCGGCUACCCCGAACGUCCCAAUCCGCUUUCAAAAUUCUACAUGACGGACCGUCAUAUUGAGAUAGCAGUCGCGCGCGGCCGCCGGGUUGGACGUAAGCCGCAAAUUGGUAUCACUGUGAAGUCAUUCCUCCGAUGCUUCACAUUCUGGCAGCUGUGGGCUAUUGCGAUCGCAUGGCCUGUCGGUGGCAACUUCACGCCCGCCAGCUACUUCAACCUGUGGCUCAAGUCCCUGAAGAACUCGGAUGGAACUGCCAAAUACUCUGUGGCUAUGCUCAAUUAUCUACCGAUAGUAGGCCAAGGUCUGCAGCUCAUCUCGGAGCUCCUCUUCAGUGGCUUCAGCGGCUACUUUGGCGUCCACCUACCAUUCUUGCUACUUCACUCCGCCAUCAACAUUGCCUCUCAGGUGAUCCUCAUCGUCCGGCCAAAGAACGAAGGGGCUUACAUGGCCGGCUGGUACAUGAACUACAUCGGAGCUGUUUCCACCAUGCUCCUCUGCUCCUGGGGCUCAGCACAUCUCCAGCAUGAGCCUGAGGUCCGCACCGUCCUGUUCGCCAGCGGCACCGUCCUUGCUUACAUCAUGAGCGCCUUCAUCCCCAUUGCCGCCUUCCCGGCUUCGGAGGCUCCCAAUUGGCGCAUUGGAUCAAAGUUGUAUCUCGCGUUUGCACUUGUGGCUGUGGUGAUCUUCAUCGGAAUCCAUUUCGGAUUCAAGUGGGAAGAGAAGAAGCAGCAGAAGGAGGCUACCAAGGAGGAGCUGGCUGGCGAGCCGGACGACGCGAACGCAGGGGUCAAGACCGUAAGUCUGCAGACAGAGAAGUAG